CUUUUGUCUUUGUACUAAAAUACAAAACAUUUAUAACUUGAUAUGACUUCUAUUAUACUUAUCACUUCCAUUCUUCAUCAUUGGAUCACCAAAAACUACUAACCCUAACAAUGCCUUCUCAUCUCCUUAACCCUCUUCUUCCAUUUCCUCCCCAACCUAUGUCCUCUUACUUCCCCUCCUCUCAUUUUCUCUUCUCUUACAACCCUCUUAUGGCCUCCAAGCCAUUGAAUCCCUAUGCUGACCCUUUUCUCUCUUCUCCACCUACUCUUCUUCCUCCACUCCCUCCUUCACCGCAUGUUCUUGACUAUACAAAUUUCUAUUACCCACGUUCCACUUCCACUUACCUUUGGCAGCUUCAUACUUAUUCUGCUGUUAGCUGCUACAAUGCUUGGCCCCAGGUCAUGUGCCCGCCGUAUCAAGCGGCUGUGGGUUUUUCCGGUACCGUUAUGGCGGAUUCUAAGAAUAUUGGCAAAGCUGAUGUUGGUAAGUUUAGACGAGAGUUUGUUGUCUCCGGUGGCGCGCGCAGAGAGUUAGUCAAAUCUAUGCCGCAAUGGGUAGAGAGGAAAAUCGAUAACGACGCCGGUGGUUGCGGCGGCGACGGCGUAGACCCAGUCGAGAAAACCCUUCCCCUUGCUUGGAUAUCACAACGGUGAUGAUUAAAAACAUCCCGAAUCAGUUCAAGAGGAAGGAUCUUCUUCAGUUAUUAGACAGUUACUGUCAAAUGAUGAACCAACAGAGGGAUUCUCGACCUGGUUUCUGUUAUACCGAAUAUGAUUUCGUUUAUUUGCCUAUGGAUUUCAUGAGAUCAUGGUACGAAGGAAAAGUAUCGAAUUUGGGUUAUGCGUUCGUGAACUUCACUACGUCGAAAGCAGCAACACAGUUCAGUGAUGUGUAUCAUAAUUACAAAUGGGAUGUUAAUGUGAACAGGAAGAUCUGUGAGAUUACUGAGGCUAGGAUUCAGGGCAAGGAAGCCCUAAAGAAUGCAUUCAAGCACAAAAUCUUCUGGUGUCGCAACGAUCAAUAUCUGCCUGUAAUGUUAUUUCCAGCAAGCAAUGGUCGACGUCGAUACAGAAGGGUUAACGUGGGAAGGCGUAUACCUCGUCUUCCUCGCAAGCCCACUCAAGAAAGUUUGAGUAGUUAUGAUGAUGAACUUAAGUGCAUGGUUAUUUGUAGUGUGUAG